AAGUUGUUGAACCCCGGAGUUGCAGGCGGGCAGCAGCACUGAAGGAGCGGGAGGAAUUCAGCUUUCCCUCCAACUCAACUCGCAGCAGUUGUGCUGGUGUUGAGAGCUGAGGUAAUGAAAAAUCACCAUGGAUGCCCAGUCACACAGUACUACUGCAGCUGAAAAGAAAAAAGUAGAGAAUUCCAUUGUAAAGGGAUCUUCUCGCACAGAUGUCAGUGAAAAAGCCAUAGCCUCCAGUACAACAUCCAAUGAGGAUGAAAUUCCUGGCACCUAUCACAGAGAGAGGAGAAACGCAAUCGCAAUGCAGCCACACACUGGUGGGCAAAGCUUGAAUAAAAUCAGUGAGGAGCCAUCAACAUCCAGUGAAGAUAGAUCUUCUCUAAUAAAGAAGGAGAUCCAUGGAUCUUUGUCACAUAUACCUGAGCCUUCCAUCCCAUACCGUGGGGCACUUUUUGCUAUGGACCCAAGGAAUGGCUACAUGGACCCACAUUAUCCUCCACACCCACUUUUCCCAUCUUUUCACCCGCCUGUUCCAAUUGAUGCCAGACACCAUGAGGGGCGUUACCAUUAUGACCCAUCACCUCUCGCUCCAGUGCACAUGCCUCCUUCCCUUUCAGGUAGUCAAGCAUUUUCCGACAUCUCGCUCAUCAGAAUUUCCCCACAAAGAACCCCUGUUGGCACGACAGAACCAGUGUUUAACCCACCACACCCAUACAUUAACCCGUAUAUGGACUACAUUAGGUCUCUACACAGCAGCCCCUCUCUGUCAAUGAUUUCUGCAGCCAGGGGACUCAGCCCGACUGACGUACCACAUACUGGAGUCAGCCCAGCAGAAUAUUACCACCACCAGAUGGCUCUGUUGGCUGGCCAUCGCAGUCCGUAUGGUGACAUUCUUCCUCCAGCUGGCACAGCUACCGCGGGUGCUCUUCACAUGGAAUAUCUGCACACAAUGGAGGGAUCUCGAUUCUCCAGUCCACGAUUGUCAACCAGGCCAAGUCGAAAGCGAUCAUUGUCCAUAUCUCCAUUGUCUGAUCCCAACUUUGACCUACAGACUAUGAUCAGAACUUCUCCAAACUCUUUGGUCACCAUACUCAAUAACUCCCGUAGCAGUUCCUCUACCAGUGGCUCCUAUGGUCAUUUAGCUGCUGGUGCAAUAAGUCCUGCUCUCAGCUUUCCAUACCCUGCCACGCCAGUUGCCAUCCAACAAAUGCACCACCAGAUAAUGAGCCGUCAACAAACUCUGGGCUCUGCCUUUGGCCACAGUCCUCCUCUUAUCCAUCCUGCUCCAACAUUUGCUCCUCAGCGUCAUAUCUCUGGCUUAUCCACUGUAUUGACCUCUGCACAGAUCACCUCUUGUCCAUCUGAAUCUGCACAGAGUAAACCUACUAGUGAGUCUGCAGUGAGUAGCACAGGUGACCCAAUGCAAAAUAAACGCUCAAGGAUUAAACCUGAUGAAGAACUGCCGAGCCCAGGUGCUGGAAAUGAACAGGAACAGCCAGAAGGAAUAACAUUGGUCAAAGAUGAGGUGGACAAAGAUGAAAGCAAGCAAGAGCCGGAAGUGGUUUAUGAGACAAACUGCCAUUGGGAAGGAUGCGCAAGAGAAUUUGACACGCAAGAACAGCUAGUCCAUCAUAUAAAUAAUGAUCAUAUCCACGGAGAGAAGAAGGAGUUUGUGUGCCGAUGGCAGGAUUGUUCUCGGGAGCAGAAGCCAUUUAAAGCCCAGUACAUGCUCGUGGUGCAUAUGAGGCGGCACACUGGAGAGAAGCCACACAAAUGCACUUUUGAAGGCUGCGCAAAGGCCUACUCCAGACUGGAAAACUUGAAAACACAUCUGCGGUCUCACACUGGAGAAAAGCCAUAUGUCUGCGAACAUGAGGGUUGUAACAAGGCAUUCUCCAAUGCAUCUGAUCGGGCAAAACAUCAGAACAGAACACAUUCAAACGAGAAACCUUACGUUUGUAAAAUUCCUGGCUGCACAAAGCGUUAUACUGAUCCCAGUUCCCUUCGAAAACAUGUCAAAACAGUCCAUGGCCCUGAGGCUCAUAUCACGAAGAAACAGCGAGGAGAUAUCCACCCAAGACCACCACCACCCAGGGACUCAGGCAACAACUCCCGGUCUAAAUCACCUGGGCAGCAACAGGCUGAGUUAAACAACACUACCUCAAAACGGGAAGAAUGCCUUCAAGUUAAGGCCAUAAAGACAGAGAAGCCAAUGACAUCUCAGCCAAGCCCUGGUGGUCAGUCUUCAUGCAGCAGUGAACCGUCCCCCUUCAGCAACCACUCCAACAGUGGGAUCGAGCUUAAUCUGAAUAGCGGAGGCAGUGUGGGAGAUCUCAGUGCCAUUGAUGAGGCACCAAUUAUGGACUCUACAGUUUCUACAGCAACUUCAGCAUUGGGCCUGCAAGCCAGAAGAAAUUUGACAGGGACCAGGUGGAUGGAGCAGCUAAAGGUGGAAAGGUUGAAACAAGUCAAUGGACUUCUUCCCAGAGUCAACAACAUUCCAGCUACCAAAAACACAACCUUGCCUCCUAUAACAGGAAGUGGUUCUCAGCUGGACAGCUCGAGUGUUGGAGGGUCCAUGACUAUCCUGCCAAACAGAAAUGAACUUUCAAAUGCAGAAGUCACAAUGUUAAAGAAGCUAAAUGAGAGACGUGACAGCACCACCAGUACCAUUAGCUCCGCCUACAUGAGCAGCCGCAGGUCUUCUGGCAUUUCACCAUAUCUAUCAAGUAGAAGGUCCAGUGAGGUCUCCCAGGCUGAAAGCCGACCAAACAACCUGAGUGUUACUGAUUCCUAUGACCCCAUCUCAACGGAUGCAUCCAGGCGGUCAAGUGAUGCCAGCCAAUGUGGUGGGCUACCUGGGCUACUGAGCCUUACUCCAGCACAGCAUUAUCGGCUGAAGGCCAAAUAUGCUGCAGCCACGGGUGGACCACCACCAACUCCAUUGCCGAACAUGGAGCGGAUGAGCCUAAAGACAAGGAUGUCCCUGUUAGGUGACUGCAGAGACAGUCGAGUAUUUCCCUUGCCUCAGGCAAAUAUUUCUCGAAGAUGCAGUGAUGGGGGACCGAAUGGAUACGGCCGGAGGCCCUUGUUGCCUCACGAUGUACCAGGCAACGGAAUAAGAAGAGCCAGUGAUCCUGUGAGAACUGUGAUGGAUCCCCUCUCUUUACCCCGGGUACAUCGUUUUAACAGUCUUAACAAUGUUAACCCUCUCCCUGUGCCUCCUUCGAUGGAACAACGUAAUCUGAGUCUUCAGAACUACACUCGAUCCGAUGGAAACCUCCAUCGGAAUACCUAUUCUCCUUGCCCUCCUAGUAUUAGUGAAAAUGUUGCCCUGGAGGCCAUGGCUAUGGAAACUUAUGGCCAUAUUGAUGAGGAUAUCUUGCCAGAUGAUGUUGUUCAGUACAUUAGCUCGCAAAAUAAUAAAGUAGGCAAUCUCUUCCAGAGUGAAAUAAAUAUGUCAAGCCAGGAAACAUAUGACCAUCUGUCAGGCCUGCCAGCCAAUGAAUUACAGCAAGAUAUAGCAGGAUCCAUGCCCUCUUUUGACCAGUCUCAUUCAGCGAACCAGCAGUACCACAGCCCACAGAUGAACUCUGAAACAAAUAAGGAUGAUCUACCAAUUCAAUGGAAUGAAGUAAGCUCAGGAAGUGUUGACAUGUCACCUCAAAAGCAGAAGUAUGAGCAGCAAGCUGUGGGUUCAGUGCAGCAAAGUCGGUCACUUGGUAUAUUUAACACAACAAACCCUCAACAGAACCUAUCAGUGGUUCAACAGAAUGUUUAUGCAGGUCAGCCAAAUGGUUAUCACCAAUAUAUGGAAGAAACUUCAUAUGGUGUUCAGUACAAUAUGAUGACUACAGGUAACUCUUUGAACCCCUCAACAAGCAAAGGACAGGAGCUUAAACGAAACCCAAGCAGACAGAUGUUUGCCUCUGCAGUCAUGGAUUUCCCUUAUGCUGCAAAUUUACCAAACCAAGAAGUGGAGUUGAACAGUUCACAUGUUAAUAACAGCCCAGCAGCACGCACACUUUCUUCAAUGCCAACAGGUCAUGAAACCACGAAGAUGACCAAUGGGAUGCAAAACCGAAAUAUGAUGGUGCAGAAUUUCAUUCAGUGUCAGCAAGCUGACAGUCACCAAAUGAUGGAAGGGUUACAUUUCCAUGAUAUAAAUAGACCUGCUCAGACAAAUAUCAAUGGUUCAGGCAUCAAUGAAUCAGGUAAUCAGCCAUCUCAACCUGCUGUGUUUCUAGGGCUUCAUGGUUCUCAACAAAUUUCUCAUAAUCCAGGAAGUCUACAAUUCGGAUCAUAUAUAGCAAAGGCUCAUCAAAUAUAUGCAAAUCACAAUGCCAACAAACAGACAAGUCUGUUGGCGAAUCGUGCACCACACCAACACAGCAAUGUAGGUAAUAACCAAAUGUCCAGGAUGACCAGUAUUAAAACAGAGAUGCAAGAUCAGCAGCAGGCCAUGCACAAUUCGUGCUCCAAUUUACAAUAUUAUAUCAGUCAAGAUUAUAAUCAAAAUUCUAACUUCAAACAACAAGCCAUGAAAACUGUCUCAUUCACUGGUCAGGAGACUGACUGCCAGCUGCAGCAGGCUGGCCAAUCUAAGUCUUCUGAGCUGCUUUCCCCAGGAUCCAAUCAAGUGACUAGCACUGUUGACAGCAAUAGACUAGAUACUGUACAGAUUGAUUUUGAUGCAAUCCUAGAUGAUGGAGACCAUGGCAGCUUCAUUUCAGGAGCCCUGAGUCCAAGCAUUCUGCAGAACCUCUCCCAGACUUCUUCUCGCCUCAAUACGCCACGUACAUCUCUCACAUUCCACAGUAUGCCUGUGAGCACUACAAAUAUGGCCAUUGGCGACAUGACCUCUUUGCUGACUUCACUUGCAGAAGAAAGCAAAUUCCUAACAGUUAUGCCAUAAAGAUCUGAAAACUGAGUAUAUGGACAAGGUUCUUUCUUUCUUUAGCCACCAAUGUACUUUUUUUAAAAAACUAUUACAUCCCAGCUAAAGGAUGCAUUCCAUUAUAUCCCUGUUAUGGGAUAAAGAUGUCUAAAUUUAGGUAUCCCCACACCAUACUUGGAAGUAUGUGUUUUCCACUGCAGUGACAUUUUGAACUUGAACAACAUCAGUGUUUUAUUUUAUGUUCGCAACUGCGUUUUCUUUACUCUGUUUACUGAAAAAAUGAGCUGAGGUAAAUGUUUAAUAUGCAUGUUUAGAACACUAUAUAAGGCCAAACGCAAGCACUGUUUCCUGUAGUUAUUGUAAUUACCACAAGUUUUGUGCAUUUUGUCAUAUGUGUUGGCAUUUUCACAAGUGGUGUUUUACCUUGUGGUAGGUUUUUACAAAUGACUGUCCUUGUGAAACUGUUGACUAAUAUGACCAGCUUUUUAAUCAAAGCCAAGAAAAGUCUUUUACUCAGGUAGGUCUUUUAAUUGAUAUUAAUAAUCUGUUGACCUACAGAUGUUUUAAAACUGAUGUGAAGGCUUUGUAGCCAGAAUGCUUGACUGUCUUUUUAUUGAAGAUAAUGGGUCAAACAGUUUUACUGUUUUAACUUGUUUUAUUUGUAAUGUUUUCUUUUGUUUUUGUUCAGUUCUGUCAGGAAAGCCAUACAGAGACAGGUACUAGUUUUUUAGAACAUUUAUUUUAGAGUUUAUUUGGCUCUAUAGUACUGUAUGUAACUCUAAAGUAGCUGUGAUCAUUCUAAGUUAGUUUAGUAAACUUGAACGUAUUGGUUGUCCUUCAUGAGAAACAGCAUGUUAUUUGCUGAAUGUUUUUAAGGUAUGUGCCUUAUUUUUUUGUCAGUUUUACACAUAGGGACCAACGAUACUGCCAAAAUUCCGACUUGAUAGCUUUGCUUGAUGUUAAACGAUUAGCACUCUAUUGUUUAGUAUUUCAUGUUUGAGAUGUCACUCAGACAGCUUAGAACUUGUAUACUAAAGCUUAUUACUUCUUUGGUUUAAAACCCUUUACGGUACAUCUUGUAAAAUACACACAGUACCUUCAAUAUUUUUCAGUAUUUUUUAGAUUUUUUUUGGUGCAAACAUUGAUAAAGUGUAAUCUUCUUAAUGUAAAUAUCUACAUGUAGAAUUAGCAGUGCCAUGAUGAAUUUCAUUGAUGGCUUUGGCAUUUUUAAACACUGCCGAGGUUUCAAGUAACUUUUACUCAGACUGAAUACUCUACAUCAGUGUAUGUGUACAUGGUACUUUUGCUUUGAGAACCACUUAGCUGUUGUGCAACCGAGGAACAACUAUUUGUACCAUUUUAA